CUAACUUUUGUUUUUACCGGUGCGGCAAAUAUAGGCUAAUCUCCCCUUGUUGUGAUCUUUUUUAUUGGAGGAGUGAACAGCCAUCUAAUUGAAGUAAAAAAAACCAAAACCACAGUUAAACUGUUUUGAGGGGAAAACCAAUAGGAAUUGGUUAAUGACAUGAAGACAUAAACAGAAAUCAGAAAUGUAGAUAAGAUUUGCAUUUAAAAAAGAAAAUAUAUCAUUUAAAACAGGAACAGUUUUAAGAUGGAUCCAUCACUUUUAAAAGAAAGAGAAGCAUUCUUAAAGAGGGCUAAAAACCAGCCUUCAGUGGAGAAAAGAAAACACAAGUCAAAACCAGACACUAGUGAACCUUCAUCUAAAAGACAUAAAGUUAAAUCCCAACCACCAAAAGUUCCAACUAAUUUUGACUACAAAACUGCACAUGGUAGUUCACAGUUUAAAUUUAGUGUAUUGGCAAAAAUAGUGAAAUAUAUGAAGGUGCGACAUCAACAUGGUGAUACCCAUCCUCUGAUGAUUGAUGAAAUAUUGGAUGAAACCAACCAAACUGAUAUUACAACCAAAAUCAAACAUUGGUUACUCACAGAGGCUUUAAUGAACAAUCCCAAAAUAAUUACAAAAGAGGAUAGAGAAGGAAAAAGAUUUUCCUUUCGACCAAAACUAGAAAUUAGAGAUAGAAAAGGUCUUUUAAAGUUAUUAAAGAACUAUGAUUUACACGGUAGAGGUGGUAUAAAUAUUGAAGAUGUUGAAGAAGCAAUUCCAGAUGCAGAAAAGGCAUUAAAACAGCUUGGAGAACAUGUAAUUUAUGUUGUAAGACCAAAUGAUAAAAAGAAAAUUCUGUUCUAUAAUGAUAAAUACUGCAAAAUUAGUUUAGAUGAAGAUUUUCAAAAGUUGUGGCGUAGUGUGCCUGUGGAGGGUUUAGAUGAUAAAAAAAUAGAAGAAUAUCUAGAGAAACAAGGCAUAGCAUCCAUGCAAGAUGUAGCAUCACAUAAAGUGGCACCUAUUCAGAAGAGGAAGAAGGGUAGUCGGAAAAAUAAAACAUUUAAGAAGCUCAAUGAUCAUUUGGAUGGACUUCUUCAAGAUUAUACAGAAAAUCCCAAAAAGUGAAUCCUAAAAAUUUAGCAUAUAUGAAUAAAUAUUUUUAUUAUUAUUUAUUAUUUGUUUGCAAGACAAUA